UUCAUGACACUCGCCGAACCACACGGCUACCUUUAGGAGUUGCUCCGCAAGCAGACGAUACAUACCGGCUGCGCGGCAGUUAACGAGAAAGCUGAGGCGCUAUUUAUAGAUUAUACUUUCUGUAGAAUUGUGUGCCUGACUUUCUUCCCGACGUUCUCGCUUGUUACGGCGCACCUUUCAGUGCAGCAACAUCGCACGCAGAGUCGGGGCCGGUGCCCACACGGCUGCAAAUAGGAAUAAUGCGUUCGAGCCGCAAGCAGGCGAUAAUUUGGAAACUAAGGGUUGCGCUACGCCUAGCGGCAUGCGUAUUUUGUCCAGUGGCGCUGGCACGGAAGGAAGAGGCCCCAUCCUGUUUCGACGAACUUAUCAAUGACGACGGUGUGGCGUGCUUCAACCGCAUUCUGAGAGUUCAUAACCUUCGGGAACAUGCGAGAUUCAACGCGACGCUUUCGCAAGAAGGUAGGGAGCGUGUCCGGGACUGCUUUCGUACUUCGUAUGGCAACUCGACCUCGCACUGCCUAAAUGGCAACUUGUUCACAUUACUGGUGCUAUGCUGGUACGACAAGACGCCUGAAAUGAGAGAGGCCUUCCAUUCUGCUGGUGUCAACACGAGGCAGAAGCUAGUGCAGAUUGGCGGCGAAUACAGGGACUGCCUAAUGGAAAAACCGACCUACUAUGAAAGCACGGCCAAAGAGGGCACAGAAGAAAGGGGUCACGGUUUCAGCAUCAACACAUUCUACGGAGGUUAUCGCAGCGCAGAAGCUUGGUAACAUCGAUGGCACUCGUCGCUAAAGUGAAAAGAAGAAUGAAUAAAACCCAU